AUGGUAGCCACAGCUCAAAAAAAUUGCUAUAUUUACGCGAUACUCUUUGCAUCCAUAUUAUCACAUAGUAUUUGCAAUGCUCAAAAGACAUUAUUUAGCGUCUUAGAACAACAACAAACUCAAAACGCUGUCAUGAUAAGUACUAAUGGUGAUGCAAUAAUAGCUGGCCUUCUACCAGCUCAUUAUAAUUACGAAGAUGGCAAGCAUAAAUGCUCUGAACUCGAUACUUAUGGAAUCCAUCUUAUGAUGGCCAUGAUAUUUGCUAUUAACGAUAUCAACGAGCAAUCUAAUCUUUUACCUGAUGUGAAACUAGGCUAUGAUAUACGAGAUACAUGUCAUAAUAGUUUGCGUGUAUCUAAAGAGAUUAUGGCAUUAUUAAUGCAAUACUUACCAUUUAAGGAAGGCAAGUAUGACGGUUUUUUCUGUGAAAAAAUUAAAUAUGAUGAGGCUAACGAAGAAACAGUCAGAACUUAUGGACCUAUUAUUGGUGUUAUUGGCACAACGAUGAGUGAUUCUACCAUUGCCACUGCAAAUACGAUAGGUAAUUUUGGUGUUAUCGAAAUUACUCCAAGUGCUUUGGCCGUUACACAAUCAGACAAUCAACCUCCUAAUUUAUAUUCAACUCAGCCUUCGUUUUAUGAUCAUUUAGUAGUGAUUUCUAAGAUAAUAAUAGCAUUAGACAUGACACGAAUUUGUCUUAUAACUAUUGAACCUCCAGAAACAAGCUACAGAAUGGAUCUACUUAGGACUAUAUUACAAGAUGCCAAAAUUUGUAUCGCCCAGGAAUUCUCCAUUACUGGUGAUCGGAUGUCUUUGGCAAUGGCGCGAGUAAUUCAAAAUUUAAAAGCAAAUAAUAAGCUUCAAGUUGUUGUCUUGCUUGGACCCUAUGAAAAAGGUGUAAGAUUUAUGAAAGAAGCAGAAAGGCAAAAUUUAACUGGUAGAACUUGGAUUGGUGCUGGUGAGUGGGUUAAAUCGCCAGCAAUUUACUCCAUCAGGAAAGAAGUGAUGGGCGGCCUACUGGCUGUAUCAACGCAAACUUUUCGAUCAGUUUUAAUUACAAAGCAUCUUGAGAAUUAUGUUACUAGUGAUACUAGAAAUGUACAUUUAGAUCAGUUAUGGAAAAAAUUAUACAACUGUACGCCAAAUGAAGAAAACUGUGAAGUCAGAUUAGGUAGUUAUGAAAUCAUCGAUGAAAAGAAAUCUUCCUGUGAAUAUUAUCAAUCAGAAUUGAAUGAGGAUAUCAUUUAUGUUAUCGAUGCAGUUUAUGCUAUCGCUCAUGCUCUGCAUCAGACAUUAAAUUGUACUAUUGAAUUUUGCAAUUCCGUUGAAACAUUCAAUCAUACAAUUUUUAAUUAUCACCUUCAACGGGUUGAAUUUAGCAAUCACGCUAACCAGCCGGUGGAAUUUCAGCAAAAUAAAGGCGUACGACAUAUUUUAAUCCAAAAUUUGCAUCAUGACGACAAUUGCUCUCAUUUUGUUGAAGUGGCUAGGUGGAAUCCUUUUGAAAGUGAAAUGAUAAUGGACACUAACAAAAUUCGCUGGCGUAAUGGUGAAAGUACAACUAUCCCUACAGAAGUUUAUGAAACAGCAUGUACUCCUGGAGAUCGCAAACAUAGCUUUGAUCAAGAAUCUUGUUAUUACGUCUGCUUGAAAUGCGGUCCAAGCCUAGUUUCCAAUGGUACUACAUCCCAAUGUUUUAAAUGUUCUCCUGGGUUUAAGCCCACAAAUAAUCGAUCAGCCUGUCAAGAAAUUCCUCCAACAAAACUUGAUUGGCGUAACCCAGUCAAUUUGACAAUUUUAAUUUUUACUCUCCUCUCCAUGUUAACACUUUUAUUUAUUGUCAUCAUUUUUUUCAAGUAUAGUAAUACACCAAUAGUUAAAGCAUCCAACAAGAUUAUGUCCCACAUACAGCUACUUAGCGUUGCCCUACUAUUUAUUCUAGGUGGAUCUUACCAAUUUGCAGUGACAACAAGCCUAUGUUGGUUCCAAUUUGCAAUUUGUAGUGUUUCUUUCCCGUUAUGCGAAGCAUGUUUACUUGCUAAAACCAAACACGUAGCUAAUGUAUUUACCCUUAGCUCACGCAUUCAGAAAGUUGACAAGAGUUCUCGAUUGCAAAGUCGAUGGUGUAAAUCGCUUAUUCCGAUUCUCUUUGUACUUUCUAUUACAGCUAUCCCCAUAAUUAUUUGGUUAAUAUUCACUAUUAUUGAUCCACCAAAUGCUAUACCUGAUUAUCGAUACGAAAAUGAAGUCCAUAUCUUAUGUUCAAGUAAAUUGCAUCUUGGAUUAGGCCUUGUUGUUGGUUUUACAUUAGUCUUGGCAAUAAUUUGCACUAUCUUAGCAUGGAAGACUAGAAAAUUGCCCGAUAACUUCAGUGAAGCUCGCUAUAUCUUUAUUUGUUCUUUUAGCACAUUAGUCAUAGUUGCUUUAAGUGUGCCCGGUUAUUAUAGUACGGUAGGAUUAUUACAAGCAACAUUUGCAUCCAUAGCCGUUAUUACAUUUGGAUUAUCGAUAUUACUGUUACUGUUUAUUCCCAAAAUCUACACAAUUUUAUUUAGGCCAGAUCUGAAUACUAAAGAAGCGAUGCUUCGAUCUAUCCAGGAAUUUACGUUUGGUGCUGAUACACGAAUUCAUACCAAACCAAAAUAA